AUGAGCAGCGGAAGCGGGUACCUGCUUUCGGAAUCAGAACCACCUCGGAACUGCCGGUUCCGAAACCAGAACUGCUUUAGGCGGUUCCGGUUCCUAAAGUUUAGGAACUACUUUAAGUGGUUCCGGUUCCAAUUCUCAUUUUUACGAAACCGAUACCCGCCGGUUCCGGUUCCAAUGUCGGGUACCCGGAACCGGCGGUUAAUCAGAACCGGUACCGACGGCCGAGUACCUGGAAUCGGAACCGGUUCCGACAGUUCCGGGAGCAGUUCCAAUUUUUUAAGAAUCGGUGUAGGCGGUUUCGGUUCCAAUUCCAAAAACUUAAGAACCGCCGGUUCCGAGAGCGGUUCUGAUUCCAGCAAAAAUAGGCGGAUACCCGGGAACGACUUCAAAAUCGAAAUCAGAAUCGGGAACCAACCCUCCAGGGAUCGUAUCGCUCGUUUCCUCAAAGCCGAAAAGUACGCUGAGCGUGUCAGUGUCGGAGCUCCUGUGUAUCUCGCUGUCGUUCUUGAGUACCGAACGGUUGAGGUUCUCGAGUUAGCUGGAAAUACAGCAAGGGACAACAAGAAAACUAGAAUCGUCCCAAGGCACAUCCAAUUAGCUGUUGGGAACGACGAAUAA